GGAAGCAACCGUUCCUAGGGGCUACACGGACGAUCAACUGAAUGGUGAUGAUAUUGGCCUCAAACUACCCCUCAGCUGCUCCAUCUGUGAUCACCAGUUCGGUGCCCUGUCCACUUUUAAAUCACACAUGCGUGGCCACACUGAAGGAAAACCCCACAAUUGUGACAUUUGCGGCAAAUGCUUCCGCCUGAAGUCAACGCUCAGAAAACACAGAUUGACGCAUACCAGUGAGCUACCACAUAAAUGCAAGAUUUGCGGUAAAGGAUUCAAAAUAGGAUCAUUACUUCGGUAUCACAGUGAGGUACAUGCGACGGAACGUCCCUUUAAGUGUGACACCUGUGGCAAAUCGUUUUCCCUUCUUGUCAAGUUCAAGGCACAUCUUCACUCUCACAGCACGGAACGUAAUUUUCGGUGCGACCUUUGCGACAAAGGGUUCAGAAUUAGGGCUCGGCUUGUCCGACAUAUGCUUAGCCAUAAUCCCAAGCCUCGUGAGCCCAUUGAGCGACCGUUCAGUUGCGAUAUCUGCGGAAAAGACUUUGCAAGAACAAAACAACUAGAAGUUCACGUGAGUACACAUAUUGGAGAUCGGAAGUACAAGUGCGAUGUUUGUGGCAAAGGAUUUUUUACACAAAGACUUCUAAUUGAUCACACGAAAAUUCACACCGGCGAGCGUCCGCACAACUGCGACAUCUGUGGCAAAAAUUUCCUCAACAAAACUUUGCUACGGUAUCACAAAGCGGUACAUACGGCAGAGCGUCCCUUCAAAUGCGACACUUGUGGAAAAGCAUUUUCCUUUCAGGCAAGAUUACGGGAACAUCUGAAAAUUCAUAGUGACGAACGUCUUCAUCGGUGCAGCAUUUGCGACAAAGGGUUCAUCAAAAAUGCCGAGCUCGUUAAUCACAUGCGUGGACAUGUGCGAACAGUCCAUUGCGACGUAUGUGGAAAAAGUUUUGCAGAUGAUAAAAGUUUGAAAAAUCACUCACGGGUACAUACUGCUGACGAUGGUGACUACAAAUGUGGUAUCUGUGGAAAAAGCUUCCACACAAAAACUUUGCUGCGCUAUCACGGUGCGGUACAUGCGACGGAACAUCCCUUCAAAUGUGAAAAGUGUGGAAAAGCAUUUGCCCUCGAGAUGAUACUCAAGCGACACAUGAAAUAUCACACCGAAGAACGACCAUUUCCGUGCAGCAUUUGCGAUAAAGCAUUCAAAAUUAAUGCCGAUUGCGUCAAACACAUGCGCUGUCAUACUGACGAACGUCCACAUGAAUGCGAAAUUUGCGGGGCAGCAUUCCGAGAUGUUAGGACCCUUAGAAGACACAAGACGUGUCACUCAGAUGCCGAGGCUAAACUUUUCGAAUGUGCUGUAUGCGGAGCAAAGUUCGGUGUGAAACGAAGCCUCACCCACCACAGUAAGGUGCACUUGAAGUCGGAAAGUGUGCCACCGUCGGUCGCCGUUCACAACGAGGGACCUACUAAUAAUGUUGAAUCAUUGACAAAGCCUCAGUUUGAGUGAAUUUCUUGUAGCGUGUAGUGUAUGAACUUUGAUUAAUUUCUUUUAGGCUAGGUAUUUUUCUGUAUUUUAAUUUUAACUUUGUAUGACAAAAGAUACAAUAAAGCAUUCCAGUUUCC